AUGGUGCUGCUGCGUUCUGCCUGGGCUUUGCUGCUGGCCACCGCGCAGUCCCCAUACGAGGGUGUGGUGGUGCCGCUGUUGGAAGAGGAAUGCCUCGUCGCCACAAAGGAUCCGGGAACUCUGGCGGCGUGGCGAGGUCCAACUCUCGCAUCUUUGGAGGCUCGGGCUCAUCUGGCUGGUAGCUUCGGCCUAGAAAGCCGUGCCGCAGCGUUGGGUCACUGGCUAACAUCGCUCCUGCAGCUGUUCGACACUCACUUGGAUGCAGCAUUCCGAUGUCCCGCCUUAGCUGCCCAACAUCUGCAGAGUACAGCCGAAUGGUCUCUGUCCCUGGAUCACCCUCGUCGUGCACGCAUCCUCAUCCAGUUGGGAAAUGCGUUCAAGUUCCAAGCGUUGAAGGAGUUUGCGUCCCUCUACCAUGAAAUCAAGGACGCGUUUGGAACGCCCACCGAUGCGUCGCUGGAGGCUAUGCCGAAUGCCCCUCCUAAGAGAUUUCUGCCGCGCUUGCACAUCCAAUACCAGAUCAUGCUCGGGCAGCUGCACGAUGCACUUCGUGUGCAGCCAAAGCCCUGGUUGCGGGGUGCUGCUUUCGGCCGGGUUGAAAUCCACUCGAUUUGCUCGUAUAAGCCUGAUCCGACAUCCAAGACGACACUGGAAUCGCCAUUACCCGACCUGUCCGUGCCAAAUCACCAAGCGUAUGCGCAGAGACAUGGAUACCGGUACGUUGUGCACACAGAAAAUGCAUUGCCAGAUCGGGAGGCGCAUUACAGCAAGAUGUACGUCGUGUAUCAAAGGAUGACGGGGCAGAGAGCGCAUUGGGCUUUCAACGCCAAUCGGCCGGAAGAUCCACCCCCAGACUGGAUUUUUUUCAUCGAUUGUGACGCUUUCUUCACUGACUUCGCAACCUCGGUUUCCGAUCUGAUCAACACGUAUGCUCAGGGUUCGGGUCCUGGCAGCGACAUCGCUCAUUUCCUUGUCGCCGAAGAUCCUGGUGGCAUCAACACUGGCGUGUUCCUGAUAAGGAAUUCCCCAUGGUCCCUGCGCUUUCUGGAGCGUGUGGCAAGCAGCACCUUUACCGUUGCAUGGGAUCAGUCCAUGUUCUUCUGGCAUAUGGUGAGAGGGGCUAUGGAGAUGGGGCUGGAGGACUUCAGCUACCCAACGGAGGUUCGUCUCGUGCACCAGGCGCAUUUCAAUGCCUUCGUGCCGCCAGCCUCGGUUGACUGGAUGGCUCACGAGUGGCAGCCCGGUAACUUUGUCCGGCACUUCGCUGGCUGCCCAUGGCAGGAGCAGCCUUGCCUGCAGAUGAUGGCG